CUUUUCUUUUCUUCCUCAAACAAAUUAGCUUUUUAUCUACAAUGAUGCCAUUGUUCUUCUCCCCAUCUCGUUCUGCUAAUCUUAUUUUUUUUCUUUUUCAAACCACCCUUUCAGUCUCUAUCGCCAUCUUACUCCUUUUCCAGUUUCACCAUUCGUCUUUUCUCCUUCUUGAAAUCCCGGUGGCCAAACUAUACAUACAUCCCACAACCCACCAGUCAUGUCUUCUUCAGGGAACGUCACUCACCUCUCUCAGCCUUGUAUCUAUGGGGACUUUGUUUCUCCACACGCAGAGAGGAAGUCCGGUUUCAUGAAAUGGCUGAAUAAGCUUCUUAAAGGUGGAUCAAGUCGUGGUUCAGUCAGUGGUGGAAAUCCUCCUCAGUUUAUUGGAGAUGAAAGUAUGGUAUUACGUGCUCCUGUUAGAUCCUUGGACAACCGCACAAGAAGUGAUAAAGAAAAGGAAGAAUUAGAUCGAGCAAUUGCACUUUCUUUGGCUGAAGGUUUAAGGAAACCAAAUGGAUACGGGUGGCAACCAGGCAAUGAUAAUGAUCUUGCAAAAUCACAUCAAGAUGACUUUCAUCCAUCAUACCCUCCAUAUGUACCCAUGGGAUAUAGGGUAUGUGGUGGAUGCAACCGUGAUAUUGGUUACAGCAAUUACUUGGGUUGCAUGGGGACAUUUUUUCAUCCAGAGUGCUUUUGUUGUCGUGCUUGUAGUUACCCAAUCACAGAACACGAGUUCUCUUUAUCAGGAAAAGAUGCAUACCAUAAGUCCUGCUUCAAAGAGUUGACUCAUCCCAAGUGUGAAGUCUGCUUUCAAUUUAUUCCCACAAAUGGAGCUGGAUUAAUCGAGUAUCGAUGCCAUCCAUUUUGGUCACAGAAAUAUUGUCCAGCACAUGAACAUGAUAAUACAGCUCGAUGUUGUAGUUGUGAAAGACUUGAGUGUGUGAAUGUAAGAUACAUCUCAUUGGGAGAUGGAAGGAGUUUAUGUUUGGAGUGCAUGGAAUCUGCAAUAAUGGAUACAGGAGACUGUCAACCGCUUUAUCAUUCCAUUAGAGACUACUAUGAGGGAAUGAACAUGAGACUUGAUCAACAAAUUCCCAUGCUUCUUGUUGAAAGACACGCCCUUAAUGAUGCUAUCGUGGGGGAGAAAAACGGGUUCCAUCAUUUGCCUGAGACAAGGGGUGUGUGUCUUUCUGAAGAGCAGACUGUUGCAAGUAUAUUAAAAAGGCCGAGAGUUGGUGGUCAUCGAUUGGUGGGAAUGAGAACUCAUCAUCAGAAGCUGACUCGAAGAUGUGAAGUUACUGCCAUUCUUGCUUUGUAUGGUCUUCCAAGAUUACUAACUGGAGCCAUUCUUGCUCAUGAGUUGAUGCAUGGCUGGUUACGUCUUAAAGGUUACAGGAGCCUAAAUCCUGAGGUAGAAGAAGGUAUUUGUCAAGUGCUUUCAUAUAUGUGGCUCGAAUCAGAGAUCAUGCCUGGAUUAAAAAACAUGCCAUCAUCAUCAACAUCAUCAUCAACAUCAAAGAAAGGUGGGAAAUCAAGAAAUGAGAACAAAUUAGGUGAAUUUUUCAUGCAUCAAAUAGCUCAUGAUGCAUCACCAGCAUAUGGAGGAGGGUUUAGAGCUGCAAAUGCAGCUGUUAAUACAUAUGGCUUACGAAGAACACUGGAUCAUAUUCGCCUUACUAGAAACUUCCCUCUCUGA